AGUAAAUCCAAUAUUGAAAAGAUUUAACAAAUAAUAAAUGAAAACGUAUUAAAUUAAGCUCAAUUAAAAAGUUUUAUUGUUUUUUUUGUUAUGUUCUUUUAGUAAACAUUUUCAAUAACACUUUAGUAUAGGGUCCAAUUUACACUAAUAACUAGUUGCUUAUUAGCAUGUCUAUUAUUAACAUAUUGGCUGUUUAUUAGUGCUUAUAAACUACAUAUAAUGCGUGACAUCCAUAAUCCUACCCAAUAUCCUAAACUUAACAGCUGCCUUAUAAACUAUUAAUAAGCAGCAAAUAAGGGGUUAAUUGAGGCAAAUGUCAUAGUUAAUAGUUAGUUUAUAGUGAGAAUUGGACCCUAAAAUAAAGUGUGACCACAUUUUCAAAUAACAAACAGGUAUUACCAUUGAUAAACACAGGUAUAAUAGAUCCAAAAUUGAAAAAAAAAAAUAUUCACAAAUAAUAUAUGAAAGCUAACUAAAAAUACAUUUAAAUUUAAACUUACUGAGGGUUAAUACCAAGUUCAUAAUUUUUUAAUGCCACCAAAACUUAUUAUUAGACAUUAAAGUUUAUAUGAUGUUCAAAACAUUUUGUCCUGUUCUGGUUUCAGAAACAUUUUUUAUAUGUUAUUCUGUAAUUGUUAAAACAGUGUUGUAUAAUAUAUUUAAAUAAAUAAAUUUAGCAUUUAUUUGUAUUUUAUUAAUUAUUUUGUUAAGGUGUCAGGAAGUGUAAAUUGCUUGCAUUGUAAUUUGAUAUUGAGUGAUUUGAAAUUCAUUUCUAAUUGGUCUUCAUUUGGUUUGCAUUUAAACAAGACUAAUUGGUCAUUUCUUAGCAAAACAAUGGAGCCGCAGGGGCCCUCCAAGAGCCUAAGACAAAUAAACAAGCAAGUUAUUUAUUAAAAGCAGCCAAGCAACCCAAAGAGAUCAAUUCGGCAUUGAAUGGGACAAUUAUUGCAUGCUGCUUUCAGCAAAUUGCCAGGUAGCUGUGCUUUUGUGAUCCGGAGCAUCUUUCUCCAUGAGACAAUGGGAAUAUUCAACAGGAUUAGUUUAAACAGCAUUAGGCUUUAAUAUGAUUUGAAACUCGUGUGGUAGAAAAUAAGGUAAAUAAGAUUAGGCGCUAGUUGACUGCUUUCUCAUAAUGCUGGAGGUACGGCACGAGGAAAUUAAGAGAAGUUAAAUCCCGGGAACAGGGCCUAAUUUUCUACCUGGUGGGUGCAAAGAAUGGCACAUCAGCCGUGUUUUGUCCCGUUCAAUGGCAGCUUUAAGGGAUUCUGUGUUUUGAGUAGAUAACAGAUUGCUGCUUCACGUUGGAAGGCCUCAUUUAGACCCUGAAUGACCUGCAGUCCAGGCGAUUCUUAUGUAAAACAAUGAGUCUCAGGCUUUAAUUGGUUACGAGUGUGGAGCUAUAAAGUCGAACCUCCAGCUUUCAGUUCACACCAGAAGAAGAGGACUGGAUCUCCUGAUGGCUUCUCUCACAGUGAGCGUGCAUCAGAGCUGCUCGAUGUCCAGACGGUCUGCCUUCACCAUCGAGAGCAUCCUGGGACUCGACAGACCGGAUCCCAGAACCGUGCUUUCAGCACCUCACCGACCCUGGACAGACGUGAAACCAGUGGGUCAGAGCCGUGGUGUGGUCGCAGACAGUGAUGUUUCAGUGGAUGAAGACAGUAAAUCUUACAGUAAAUCACCAGCAGACGCUUACAGGAGAACACUGAACUGGUACAUCGGACGCAGACCGCGCACCGCUUUCUCUAGUGUUCAGAUCAAGAUAUUGGAGAGUGUGUUUCAAGUGAACUCAUACCCAGGCAUCGACAUACGUGAAGAACUUGCUAAGAAACUGCAUCUAGACGAGGACAGGAUUCAGAUUUGGUUCCAGAACAGAAGAGCGAAGCUGAAGCGUUCACACAGAGAAUCUCAGUUUCUCAUGGAGAAGAACGUCCUGAGUGAUUUACAGUCCAGCAGAGAAGAACGCUGACUGUUACAGAUCCACAUUCGAUCCUAUUAUUAUUAUUUCUGUCGCUCUGCCUCACUCUGUGAUGUUGUAAUUUAUUAUAUAUGUCUUUACCAGUUAUGCAACUAUUAAUAUUUCACUUCGAUUUAAAUGCUAAAGAUUCUUAUUGUGUUUGCUGAAAACAUAAAAUAAUAAAGUCAAGAUAAACACAAUUUUAAUAUUUUUUUCUACUUCGAAGUGGAGUUAAGUUAACAUUAUCUUCUGCCAGCUGUUAAACUAACCUGCAAACUAAUGAGUGCUUUGUUACUGGGUUUAGUAAACCUAUUAAGCAUUGUUUGGGUC